AUGAUGAGAGUUCAAACCUUAAGAGAAAAAUGGGCUUAUUGGAGACGGAGGCAAUUGUCUUUAAAACAAACCGAUUUCAAGGAUAUAUUCAAAAAAUCAACUUCAGGAUCUCUUGUGGAAGAGGAAGACCAACACAUGAAAUUGUCCCUUGGAAGCAGCGAAAUGGGCCUCUCAUCCCAUUUGCAGUCUUCCAAGGCAGGAACCACACGCAUCUUUACAAGCAAUACUCACAGUUCUGUGGUGUUACAGGGCUUUGACCAGCUUCGACUUGAAGGAUUGCUUUGUGAUGUGACCCUGAUGCCUGGAGACACAGAUGAUGCCUUCCCUGUGCAUAGAGUCAUGAUGGCAUCUGCUAGUGAUUACUUCAAGGCUAUGUUCACAGGUGGAAUGAAAGAACAAGAUUUAAUGUGCAUUAAGCUCCAUGGAGUGAGCAAAGUUGGUCUUAGGAAAAUUAUUGAUUUCAUUUAUACUGCAAAGCUUUCUCUUAAUAUGGACAACCUUCAAGACACACUGGAAGCUGCCAGCUUUCUACAGAUUCUGCCAGUGUUGGACUUCUGUAAAGUAUUUCUCAUAUCUGGGGUCACGUUAGACAAUUGUGUAGAAGUUGGGCGGAUUGCCAACACCUACAAUCUGACAGAAGUGGAUAAAUAUGUUAACAGUUUCGUCUUAAAGAAUUUUCCUGCAUUGCUGAGCACCGGGGAGUUCUUGAAACUCCCUUUCGAUCGUCUUGCCUUUGUGCUUUCCAGUAAUAGCCUUAAGCACUGCACUGAACUUGAGCUCUUUAAGGCUACCUGUCGCUGGCUUCGCCUGGAAGAGCCUCGGAUGGACUUUGCUGCAAAAUUAAUGAAGAACAUACGAUUUCCACUGAUGACACCACAGGAGCUCAUUAAUUAUGUGCAAACAGUGGAUUUCAUGAGAACUGACAAUACUUGUGUGAAUUUGCUUUUGGAAGCCAGCAAUUACCAAAUGAUGCCAUAUAUGCAGCCAGUUAUGCAGUCAGACAGGACUGCCAUUCGGUCUGACACCACUCAUUUGGUUACACUAGGAGGAGUGCUGAGGCAGCAGCUGGUUGUCAGUAAGGAAUUGCGCAUGUAUGAUGAAAAGGCACAUGAAUGGAGAUCGUUAGCCCCCAUGGAUGCCCCUAGGUACCAGCAUGGCAUUGCCGUCAUUGGAAAUUUCCUCUACGUAGUCGGUGGACAGAGUAAUUAUGACACAAAAGGAAAAACAGCAGUCGAUACAGUCUUCAGAUUUGAUCCUCGAUACAAUAAAUGGAUGCAAGUUGCAUCUUUAAAUGAAAAGCGCACCUUCUUCCACCUAAGUGCCCUCAAAGGAUAUCUCUAUGCAGUUGGUGGGCGAAACGCAGCUGGUGAACUGCCUACAGUGGAAUGUUACAAUCCACGAACAAAUGAAUGGACCUAUGUUGCCAAAAUGAGUGAGCCCCACUAUGGCCAUGCUGGAACUGUGUAUGGAGGAGUGAUGUAUAUUUCAGGAGGAAUUACUCAUGACACUUUCCAAAAGGAGCUGAUGUGCUUUGACCCUGAUACUGACAAAUGGAUCCAGAAGGCGCCAAUGACCACUGUCAGAGGUCUGCACUGCAUGUGUACAGUGGGAGAAAGGCUCUAUGUCAUUGGUGGCAAUCACUUCAGAGGAACAAGUGAUUAUGAUGAUGUCCUAAGCUGUGAAUACUAUUCACCUAUCCUUGACCAGUGGACCCCAAUUGCUGCCAUGUUAAGAGGGCAGAGUGAUGUUGGGGUAGCUGUCUUUGAAAAUAAAAUCUAUGUGGUUGGUGGGUAUUCCUGGAAUAAUCGUUGUAUGGUAGAGAUAGUGCAGAAAUAUGAUCCAGAUAAAGAUGAAUGGCAUAAAGUUUUUGAUCUCCCUGAGUCCCUUGGUGGCAUUCGAGCUUGCACACUAACAGUUUUUCCACCUGAAGAAACCACACCAUCACCUUCUAGAGAGUCCCCUCUUUCUGCACCUUAAGAUCAUCCCUACAACUAAGAUGCUGUGGUCCUAUCUUUGUAAUGUGUCAUGAAUUCUCU